AUCGAGCUGUCCGUCAAGGAGGAGGGUGGCUGGGGAUUGGCGCUUGCCGGCGGGCCGUUAUCAGCCGCCGGGGUCGGGAGACGCAGCCAUGAAGCGCGCGCUGUACCGGGCCGCCGCCUUGGCGACGGUGCUGGGCCUCGGGAUAUGGGCGAUCGGCGCCUGGAUGGGCAGCAAGCAACACGUGUUCGAUGGGCAGGAGCUUUCGCGCCUGGCGCGGCAGUACGCGGGUCUCAAUCAUGAGCAGGCAUUCACCAAGAUUGUGGUUGAACUGAGAAAAAUGUAUCCUGGUCAUAUACUUCCAGAUGAGGAUCUGAAGUGGAUCUUUGUGAAUGCUGGUGGCUGGAUGGGUUCCAUGUGUCUUCUGCAUGCAUCCUUAACUGAAUAUGUGCUGCUUUUUGGAACAGCAGUAGACACUGGAGGACAUUCGGGACGAUAUUGGGCUGAAGUGUCUGACACGGUUAUUUCAGGAACUUUUCAACAAUGGAAAGAAGGGACAACCAAAAGUGAAAUAUUUUACCCAGGUGACAUGAUAGUCCAUUCUGUUGGUGAAGCCACAGCUGUCCGCUGGAGUGCGGGGACUUGGAUGGUAGAAUAUGGCCGAGGCUUUAUUCCAUCUAUGUUGGGGUUUGCACUAUCAGAUACAAUCUUCAGCACACUGGAUUUUGUUACUCUCUAUUAUACAUUAUCAGUCUACAUAAAAGCACUCAUUCUAGAAGCCAAUACAUACCUCAUUGGAGCUGGCAUCUUUUGAAGCUCAGUGAAGACUUAUUUGUAAUUUUAAACAUUACACGUGUCUGUUUGAUGUCAAUUUACAUUACUUAAUGGGGCUGAAAAUUGUAUCCAUGCCAUCAGUCCUGAAAACUUUACAUUUAUAUAAUGCAAGUUUUGCAAACACCAACUUUUUUCUUUACUGAAGAUCGUCACUUCAAGUACUGUUGAAAAAACAAAACUUCACUUUUGAGUUUUUACAUAAUAUUUCUUGUUGGGCACAGUCAAUUUAAACAUUAAUGAUUGAUUAAAUCUAUUGGAAUCAACUUGGAAGGUAAAUUGAGAAAUCAGGACUUUGAACAUGAUUAUUGUCCCUCUUCAAAUUACCAUGUUUUAGUAUGAUAUUACUUUGAUCUGAACCUGUUGGUUGAAGACCACCUUCUUACUUUUAUAAUUUUUGAAUCAGAUAUGCACACAUGUAUAACCAGACUCUUAAUGCAGCCUAAUUAGUUACAAUUGUUGUGCAAAUGGACCUUGUACAACUUCGUUGUUCAUCAUUAUUCCUGAUCCUGAAAGUCCAAUUUUUGAUGCACAUGUUCAUCAAAAUGGUGUGAUGUAUAAUGAGAACCACAUUGAAUAUAUAAUCGCUAAAAGUCAGGUGUAAUUUGACUGCAGGCAACCUGAAAGACUUUUUUUUUGAAUUUUGGGAAUUGUGCAAAUAGGCAUUUUUCUUAUUCACUUUCUAUUGGCAGCCAGUGACAUCCCAGAUUAGUAAUCUGAUGUUCACUGGGUGACUAUCUCUACCAUCUCCUCAAGUCUUAAUCAAGGCUGCUGUAUUGGUUGAUGUUUAUGGCUGAAUUCCUGGUUCAAUCAACUUGUCAGUUUGGUCAGCAGAAGUCAUGAGAAUGUGCUUCUUAAGCACGUCAUCCUUGCAUCUGCUGCUGCUACUGGUUCUAGACAGCCCGGUCACUUGCUUAGUUAUGUUUGCAUCAGAGAGGAAGAAUUGUAUUUCUCACUGAAUGCUGGUAAAAAAGGAACGUAAAAAUCAUGCAAACAUUAAAUAAAAACAGAAAAUGCUGGAAGUAAUCAGCAAAUCAAAAUUUACAUGUGGAAUGGAAAAACGAGAAAGAAUAUGUGGAACAUUUCAAAUCAGAGCCUUCAUCAUAACAUUCCUAAAAAGGGCCUCUGAUCUGAAACUAAGUCUUCUUCACAGCUUUAUGUUGGGUAUUUCCCGCAUUUUUUUUUGAAUUCCAGAUUUCCAGCAUCUGCAGUUUGGAUUUUCAUUUACAAGAAAGAUCCAGCUUUGGUCAUGGUGCUAAUGAUUGUAUUUUACUUAAUUUAAAAUUUACUCCUAAUUUUCUUUGUGGAUUUGUUUUCUGCCAGCAGUAAAAGGGUGAAGAUAUUGUUCCUUGUGUAGAGGAUGUACAUCUGUUAAUUUAUCUUCAAUUGAGGAUAUCUGUUAGUACUACCAAAAACAAUAGCAAUUAUUUUUACACUUGGCCUGUGGAAAAUCUGGAAUGAUCAUAUUUUCAUCCCUGGUGGUCCAAUGUUGCUUUUAAUUUGCACUAUCAGAAGUACCAUGUCACAUGUAUUCUUUGCAUAAAGUUGAAAAACCAUCCUGUGGAGCUGCCCAUUGUUCCACAGUUUUAAAGAAUUAGCUAAGAACUUCAUACAAUUACCAUAAAUUUUACUUAGUUUUUGACUUGAUUUGAGGAGAUUGGGAGUUGGAAAGCCUUUUUUAUAACUAGAUUUAAAAUCUUAGAAUAAAAUCCUUGUUUUAAAAGAUUGCCUCCACGAUUAUACAUCUGUUUGAUUUACUACACAACUAUUGGUUGUAUUUGAAAGGGUUCACUGAUAAAAGUGUAAAUGGAGAAUCAGAUUUCCCAAAUGGAUCCUUUACUUCAUGCUUUUUAAGUAAAAGGAGUGUGUCUUGCAGAGGAGAUCUUUUUCACGGAAUAAAUACUACAUUUUACAUUUCCUUUUUGUUUUGUAUUUUUUUUCUAGUCUUUGAAGGAAACCACUAACAUAUACAAAAUGCACCGUGCUGUUUUUUUUUAAAAAAAAACACUUCCUUGCAGUACAAUAUAUCUAGUGAGCUCCUGUCAAGAUUUGGAAUGUGUUUAAUGAUCCAUGUAUUUUGAAGCAAAGUACUCUUUUUACUGGUGUAGAUUCUGGCUAUUAAUUCAACAUAUUAAUAUGAAUCUAGAUGCACCUUUUAAAAGCUAGCUAAGCAUAGCCAGUUGUUUUUUGAUCUUUGUGUUAUUGUAACCAACUACUGUUAAAUCUGCCUUGGUUAAAUGGGUAGAUGGGAAAAACAUAUCAAAAAGAGAAAUAAGUUGUAUUAAGUGGUUUAUGUGUUCAAAUUCACCUUGUGGAAAUCUGCAAAACUUCUGUCUAAGAUGUGUUACUUCUGGUUUAGGGUCAGUGAAAAGAAUAAUAUAAUUUUGUUUGUGGAAGUAGAAAAUAAGUCUAUAUGAUUGUAGAUUUAGUUUUAAGUUGGAUGUCUCAGUUUUGAAGAUGUGCGUGCGUGUGCACAAUCUACAUCUGGUUAGCAAAGUGACUUAAACUGUACAAAUUAACUGUAAAAGUAGUUACGACUACCUUUUACUGAAAUCAAAAGCUAUUCUCAGAAAUUUAAGGAAGUUAUUAUUAGGCUCGACCUCCCCAGGUUUUUGGUCAGGCUCAAUGGCUUCUGCUUAUUGUUACUCAUCCUGAAAGAGGUAUUAUCCCAAUAUUAAAUUGUCUCUGUUCCAAUAAGCACUUGAUUCAGUUUUAUAUUUCUUCUAAUUUGUUUCGCAUUAAUGCUAAUUUCAGUUGUUCUUUUGACACAGAGGUUCCAUUUUGAAGUUGUGCAGGAUUGGUACACGCAUUAGUGUCUGAUCAAGAAACCAACUCUCAUUCUGAGAUCUGGCGAGAUACUGUUGUAGAAGCUUCCUCUAUGUUCAAAUGUUCAGUACUGCAUAAUGCUACUGCAACUCCAAUGACUGUAUUGAAGCUAAUGGAACUGAAUUUUGGAAGGAGUACCUAACGAUUUUAUUUACCACAUGCAACUAGGAGCAAAGUUGUAUAUAUGUACAUCCUUUGCUUUACUCUAUUUGGACACCGAUUCUGAUUUUACCCUGAACCAGUUGAGAAUCAUUGACUCAUUAGCUGGUAGGGGUAGGAGUUUGGUCUUGAGGUGACUGGCAGUUAAAUUUCCAACUAUCCCCAACAUUUGUGAUUGAUAAAUAGUUGCAGAAAGAACAGGAUGAGGGAUGGAAGGAAGCUUGGAAUGGAUUUUAAGUUGUUAUUAAAUCUCUUUGCCUCUGGUCCUUAAUCUGGUUCCUGACAAAUUCGGUCAUUGGCGAGAUCAUCACAACUCCCCUGGCCCUGUCUGAUUAAGGAGAAUGCCAGUUUGGUAUGAUACAGUCAGACAGAUGAGAGCGAGAAAAGAGGAGGCAAGGUUUCUUGUCCACUAUCAUUGGUGUGGAGUUAAAGCAAAAACAUUUUCUUUCUUAAUUAAAUGAUCAGUUGUUAACUGACUGAUAUUGUUGUUACUAAUGACAGUCAGACUUCAUGGUCUGAACUAAAGUGAUGCUCCCAAGAUCAUGGAAUACUUUGAAUGGUGCAAUAGGGGUGUUUAAAUCAAGGAAUUUCAAUGUUAAAUAUGUAACUUCAACUAAGUGAUCACUUUAAGGUGGUAGUGAUGGGUUUCUUGGGCCUUUUCUGUUGUUUUAUAAUAUGGUGGCUGAUGCGUUCUUGGCCAUGAUACCAACUUUACUCUUUUCUGUCUCCAUGAGCCCCAGUUCAGAAGCUGGUAAAUGUAAUAAAGUGAUGCAGGAUUUUGCUUUGGUCUUGUUUAUUAAUACAGGUAAUGGGAGAAGGUAUAUUUUUUCUUGAUAUCUUUAUUACUGCAAGUAUUUUUAUUGUUCAUUAAAUAUUAGAGGACAAAUUAAGUUUAAAGAAAAUAUUUUUAUUCUAUUGCCAGUCAUUAAGUCAUUUCAGUGAAAUCUCCAAAUUCUGGAUUACAGCCAUUUUACAGGACUAUAGUUUCAUAGAUCAUGGUGGGAUAAUGGCUCUUUAAGUUCCAAUAAGUAAGAGGCCUUUGAAUCUGACAAAAACAAAAUCAAGUUUAAAAAAAAAUGGGAAGGUCAACAGGCUAGUACUAAUUUUCAUUUCUAGAUAGCUUUUUACAGAAUCAAUGUAAUAUUGGAAAAACAUUAAAUUGCUAUCAUUUCCUUUGUCCCCUAGUCAUUGAUGAAUAUUAAAAUUUGUAUGCUGAGUUUUGCAUUAUUAAUUACAAGCUACGGUUAAAUUGUACAGAAAAACUAAAUCAUGAAGAUGGAAACCAAUGGAAGUUCUAAAACAACUAAUUAUUUUCCAUUUAUUUGAGUAAGAAUCAUGGUGAUAAUUCUACCAGGAAUAGCUACAAAAUAAUUUAUUCAUGGAAAAAAUAUUUUGGAACAUUUUGUGUACUGCAGCUGUAAAUUUGCCUUGGUUUGCAUCUUUAGUAUCUUCAAAUACAGUUUAAUAUUGUGCAUUUGAAUGUGGACACUGAAACAGACUGGCACCUUGCUGCAGAACUUAAAAAGCAUAGAUGUCAGAUUAUAAUGAAUUGGACCUUCAGGAAUUCCACAUUGAUCUUCCAUUUAGCAUUCCAUUUAGAUUUUUAAAAGAUACAGUUUUCAAAGUUAAAUUAUUCUGCUUUUUAAAGUGGCAUUAAGGAAUUCAGUACCAUGAGGUUAUACAAUCUGCUUUGAAUGAGUUUGCAACUAAUAAGUUGUCAUUCCUAAAGUUAAUCCAGAGCCCAAUAAUGUUAUGUUUUUAAAUUUUCCAUGUGGAAAUGUUUGUAAAGAAUGCAAAAAUGAAAAGUUUACAUGAUACAAGAGUAACAUUCUUUAUGUUAUGUUAAUUGAAUUAGUGCUUUAAUGAACCCAAAAUGCUCUGGUUUGAAGCUUUAAUGAUGUUCUCCAUAAAAGAAAAUUAACUGUGCUGAGACGGUGUUUUGUCAAUUAUUUAUGGAAGUAUCACCAAGGGCCUUAUGAAAUAUAAAGUAUAUCCUAGUCUAUUUGAAAGUGUCACAGAUUAGUAAACUGUAAACCAUUUGUCUUGCAAAAUUAAACAAUUUGUGUAUUUUAUGGGAAUGAACAUAAAAAUAAAAAUAGAUCUGCUUCAAGUCGUUCA